AUGGCACCCGUGUUCGCCACCCGCUGCGUGUACCCGCGCCGUGCACCCGCGCCGUGCACCCGCGCCGUGCACCCGCGCCGUGCACCCGCGCCGUGCACCCGCACCGUGCACACGCGCCGUGCACCCGCACCGUGCACACGCGCCGUGCACCCGCGCCGUGCACCCGCGCCGUGCACCCGCGCCGUGCACACGCGCCGUGCACCCGCGCCGUGCACCCGCGCCGUGCACCCGCGCCGUGCACACGCGCCGUGCACCCGCGCCGUGCACCCGCGCCGUGCACCCGCGCCGUGCACCCGCGCCGUGCACACGCGCCGUGCACCCGCACCGUGCACACGCGCCGUGCACCCGCGCCGUGCACCCGCGCCGUGCACCCGCGCCAGCUACGAGUAG